AUGGUGUGUGAGAAGUGCGAGAAGAAGCUCGGAAAAGUCAUCACCCCGGACCCGUGGAAAGCCGGAGCUCGGAACACAACAGAAGGUGGUGGCAGGAUGAUCAACGAAAACAAGGCGCUGACAGCGAAGAAGGCCAGAUUCACGCCUUAUGGAAAGUUCGCCGAGUGCCGUAUUUGUCGCCAGAAGGUGCAUCAGGUUGGGUCCAACUACUGCCAGGGGUGCGCCUACAAGAAGGGCAUCUGCGCUAUGUGCGGGAAAAAGAUCCUGGAGACCAAGAACUACAGGCAGUCGUCGACUUGA